ACGUCAGUACCCGUUUGCUCUCUUUCCGGUUACUCGCUUUGGCUUGAGAGGUUGUUGUUCCGUGUCGAGGGAAAUAAUUUUUGUACCAAGUACAAUCUUCAUAAUCCACUAAAAUGGCAAAGUCGAAGAACCACACCAAUCACAACCAGAACCAAAAGGCCCAUAAGAAUGGAAUCAAGAAGCCGAAGAAGCAGAAGUACGAGUCAACCCGUGGUAUGUGCCAGAAGCUGCUGCGGAACCUUCGGUUCUCCAAGAAGGGAAAUGUUUCCCAUGAGGAGCAAGUGAAGCGCGCCGAAGAGCGUAAGGCAAAGUACGCUGAAAAGCCGGCUCCGGUGAAGCUGAACUGAUUCCGUUCCCUAGUGCUCGUGUUGGUGAGUCGAAUGGGUAUGUAACCCGGUGGUGUACUAUAUCAGGAUGCCAAGUGCUCAUUGGCCGUACAAACGGAAAUGAAAUAAAUUUAUUUCAAACUUA